AAUAUUUUCCCCCUAGUAACGGGCUUAGCAACCAAUGUUUACUGUUAGAAAACUUGUUUAUUUGUUGGUGUAUGAAAAUUUCUUUUUGUUUCACCCCUCCCCCAUACAGGAGAAUAGUUCUAGUAGCUGCUGACCACUUUUAACGUCGUCCAUCCCCUUGUUUUGCAUAUUUUCCUUCGCUUACUAUACAAAGUUGAAUCAACAUAUUUCGCGGUGAAUUUGUUGCUAAGAUCAUUCUUAACUUUUGCGCUUUGGGAUUGGUCUUUGUUGCUUCAUUUUAUUAUAUUUUUGUUGUGAAAUGCCAAGGGAAUACAGGAGAAGUAAGAAACGAAAGUUUUGCGGCAAUCGCUAUGAUAAUUCAGCGAAGAAAAAACGCGUUGAUACUGUUGAUGGGGAUACAAUAUCGGCCGAUCCUUCAACUUCCGCAGCAAAUGAAGCUGUUCUAAAUACAUCUGCUUCAGCCAAAAAAAUUGGGUUUUCUGACAUUCCAGAUGACAGUAGCUAUAGCGAACAAAGCCAAAGCACAGAUGUAAGUGGCUAUCGGUUUGUUGACCUUCAAAUAAUGUCAGAAUUUGUGUCUGAGGUGUGUUGUAAGGAAUGUGGCAGUUCCUGCCUCGUACUUGAAGACAACCCUCGAGAGAGAAAAGGUUCUGCCUCCCAUCUAAGAGCCCGUUGUGAAGCUUGCGGGUGGGUAUAUACAUUUUACACUUCCAAGAAGGUAGGACACUCGUUUGACGUGAAUAAAAGAUUCGUUUACGCUAUGCGAAGCCUUGGUGAAGGACAUACAUCAGCCAAACGAUUCUGUGCCUUGAUGGACAUGCCACCCCCUCUUCAACCAACUGCAUACAGGGAUUGUAACAUUGCUUUGGCCAAGGCAGCAAAGGCAGUGGCUACAACCACCAUGCUAAAUGCUGCUAAUGAAGUGAAGAAGGACCCAACUAAUCAAAUCAACCAGUGUUCUGUAUCAUGUGAUGGUACUUGGCAAAGGCGUGGGCAUUCCUCACUGAAUGGUUGUGUAACAACACUAUCAAUGGAUACAGGAAAGUGUUUAGAUGUUGAAAUCUUAACAAAAGUUUGUCAUGGUUGCCAAAAAGUAGAGAGAGAGAAAGAUUUGGAAGAAAAAGCAGCUAAGAAGGAAGUCCAUAUUAGCAAAUGUAAAAUAAAUCACAAGGGUUCAUCAGCUGCCAUGGAGACUGAAGGCGUAAAACGUAUAUUCCGAAGAAGUGAAGAGGAUAGGAAACUUCAGUACACUGAGUAUUUUGGGGAUGGUGAUAGCAAGGCACAUGCUGAGGUAGAAAAUAUCUAUCAUGGAAUAAAGAUUGCAAAAAAAGAAUGUGUUGGACAUGUUCAGAAGCGUGUUGGAACUGCUUUGCGGAAACUAAAAAAAGAAAACAAAGGUAUUGGCGGGAAGGGAAAGCUUACCAACACACUAAUAGACAAACUUCAGAAUUACUAUGGGAUUGCAAUCCGUAGCAACUCUGGGGAUCUCAAAGCAAUGAAAGCAGCCAUUUUUGCAAGUCUUUUUCACUGUGUUUCUUCAAAGAAGAGAAAUCUGCAUACCCACUGUCCUGAUGGACCUAACAGUUGGUGUAGAUUCAAACAGGAUAAAGCAAAUAAUACUACAAAAUAUGUGCCUGGACCUGGGCUUCCAGACAAUAUUAUUAAGUUGAUCAGGCCCAUAUAUGAAAGACUCAGCAGUGAUGAGCUACUGAGCAAAUGUUUAGAUGGCAAGACGCAAAAUCAAAAUGAAUCCUUGAAUGGGAUGAUCUGGAAUAGGAUUCCGAAGAACGUUUUUGUUGGUGCCAAUGUUCUGGAACUUGGUGUAUAUGAUGCUGUGGCACACUUUAACAUUGGUGCAGAGGCUGCAGUUAAUCUUCUUAAGGAAGUGAAGUUGAAGCCAGGAAAGUUUUGUGUAGAAGGGCUGAACAAGAUUAAUAAAGAGCGAGUGAAGAGGGCAAAUGUCAAGGCUAAAGAAUGUUCGAGAAAGAAGAGAAAGAUAUUACGAGGCCAAAAGAAAAGGAAAGAUGAAAAACUAAAGGAGGAAGAGGGUACUACAUACAAAUCAGGAGGAUUUUAAGGAAUUUUUGGUAAUAUUGGCUUGUUUUUAUGUCAAUUCGAACAAGUUAAUGCAGUAAAUUUCUUGUAACUUAAACUUUGAUGCUGUUUUUCCCAGUUUACGAUUUUGAUACAUUUUGCGAUAUUCAAAACAUGAUAACUAAGAAAGUAUUUGAGCAAAUGCUGUGAAAUUUUCAGUAUUUACAGUUUCUUGAAAUUCUCUAGGAGAUGAACUAGAAUGGAAUUGUUUGGUUGAAUUAAAACCAAGAUAUUAUCAUUAAUGUAACACAAUAUCCUGUUUUAGCCACCUUAAGUAAGAUUUCACAAUGACCUUUUACAACAGAAGGAUAAUUCUAGUUCAUCUCCAAGACAGUCACUUUAGCAAUAAAAUAAAGCUUUUCCCAUGUUUAUAUCAUUAAUAUAUCUUUAGUUAUCAUGUUUUAAAAUGUGCCCUAUUUUAUUGGGAAAAAGCCUGUUAUCUCUGUAACCAUGGUAACCCAACUUUACUAAGUUGUGUUUUUAGUGUCUCACUUUACCCUCUAACAACUUCCCAAAGCAAAAAGUUCAAUUUGUUUGAAAAUAAG